AGGCAAAAUCAUCUAUCUCCAGUACAUGAAAGUGACCACAAGCAUAGCUACAUAUUACUUAACAUGGACUCUGACCUUACAACGAACUCAGGAAUCUUUGCAUCCAAAGCCAGGUCAACUCUGUUGGCCAUUUCAGUCGCGCUAACCUUUAUUUCUUGGGGACUUUUAUUAUCCCUUCAACCCGCUUUCUACCCAUCUGAAGCUGAGUCAAAGGGCUCCACUCCUGCGCAGUAUGGAUUGGUGUUUGGGAUCGUAAGCUUGGGCGGCUUCCUCUCAUCACCUAUUUUUGCUCAUUUUGGAGGCAAGAUCGGGACGAAAAUCCUUUGCAAUGUGAGUGGAUUUGUCCAAGGGAUGACAGCCGUGGCUUUUGGAAGCUUGGAGUAUGUGAACGAAACAUGGACAUUUAUUGGGUUCUCCUAUUUGUUGAGGUUUAUUGAUGGUGUGGCGAAUGCAGCCGGUGCCGCUGCAAUUGUGAGCAUUCUCAUGGCUCUCCUUCCUGGCUAUGAGUCGUCCAUUCCCGGCUGGACUCAGAUGUGUUUUGGUCUAGGAUACACCAUUGGACCGGUUUUGGGCUCACUUUUGUUCGAAUUUGGAGGAUUUAGCCUUCCAUUUUAUAUCAUCGGUGGAAUUAUCCUUUUCUUGGCCUUUGACCUACUCUUGAUUGUUCCAAACAUCAAACCAGGCACUGCAGCAAGGGAUCAUAAAAGCCUGGCUCAUGAUUCCAAGCCACCUCUCACCAUCAAAAGCGUAUUCAAAUCUUUCAAUUUAAGCCUCCCGUUCUUCGACAAAUUCGUCCUCUUCUAUGGAAACGGAAUAUUUGAAUCAAUGCUCCAGCCACACAUGAUAAAUACCGAGGCUCAAGCUAGUCAGCUUGAGGUCAGCAUGGCGUUCCUUAUUGUGGCCGGGUGUUACAUGGUCACCACUCCAAUAACUGGUUACGUGUGUGAUAAAAUGAAGUGCCCAAUCUUGCUUUCAAUUGUUGGCAAUUUCCUUCUGUUCACCGCAUUCAUCUUUAUUGGACCCUCCCCAUUCUUGGUUGGAUUGGCGCCCUCGGUACCAUUAAUCUUAGGGAUGAUGCCAUUCCUAGGGUUAGGUUAUGGAUUGGUGUCGGUCUCCACGUUUUCCAGAGCCUACAAGGAAUGCAUUCGACAAGGGUACCGGGAUGAUGUCGAUACUUAUUUCGUCUUAACAAGUCUUUGGACAGCGUCAUUUCAUUUGGGCAACUUCCUUGGUCCUACUAUAGCUGGAAUCAUUGUGAACGCCAUCGGAUUCCCUUAUACCAGUCAAAUCUCAAUGUUCAUGUUCCUUUUGAUGACGAUCCUGGAUUGCAUUCUGUACUUCUUUGACAAGAGGGGAUCCAAGACACAAAACAAAUAUGAAAACCUAUCUUAAAAUAAUUCUUGCCUCAUUAUUUUAAUCUUAUAGCUCUGAACCAACAAUUGUGCACCCCAAAUACCCCAUGCCAAAUUGGAAUAUUUUC